UUCCGUAGUUCUGAAAAAACAUUUAAACCCAUGUGAUUCCCGUCCGGCAAUUGAAUAGUAAACGGUAAAUACUUAUAGUCGUAUUUGACUGCGAAAAAAAAAAAAAGUUUUCUACUGAAUUCAGACUGAAUUACAUUUCAAGGAUAGGCAAAUUCAGCUGUUAUCAAAAUUAACCGAAACUCUAUAAGUCAGAAAACCGCCAUAAAUCAGUUCACGCCAUUUAAUUCUCUCUACCCUUCACACAAUUACGAGACACAACAUACACACUCACGACUCAUGUUGAAUAAUUUGUUUGACUGUGACAGUAGUACUUCGAGAAAUGCCUAACAAGUAGCGGCUUAUUGUAAUAAAUUUUUACAAAACAAAUAAAAGCAUUUUUUUUUAAGAAAAACAGGAAGAUCGUGAUGAAAAGCAAGAGAUCUGUGGAAAUGUAAAAAUCUCGUGACUGGAAUCAUCGAGUUUGAAUACAUUGGAGAAAAAAAAUUAAUAUAAAGCCGGGUUGAGUUGAGCGUUGGGUGCAUGGAAUGUGACCGUUGAGUAGUAUUUGGUAGUAUGAUAUAAAACUGUUUUUGGCAACCGCCGGCGGAAAAGCAUUUUUACGAGAUAUUGGAGGAUUUUUUAUUUAUCGUAGGUUAGAAAAAUCGUGAAUGGUGAAUAAAACAGUUCGAAAUGUGUGAUCUUAUAGAUCUUAAAAGUCCGGAUGGAAAAAAAAUACACGGUGCGAAAUUAGCAUCGCCUUUAAUACCGAUACCGCAAACCUCAGCCGAAAAAAUUGGCGACUCGCUCAGUUCGGGAAAAACAGCUGAAUUAUUCGUUGAAAAACGCAACAGUCUCGACAAUAAUCCGUUUGACAAUGUUCAUCACAAAACGGUUGAAUAUGUGCGAAAACAGGAGGAUCCUUUCGAAGCCGUGCUUCAAAAAGCACUCACAUUCGAACAGCAGCGUAAGGAGGAAAACGUUACCCCGAAAUCUCGCAUUGCCGACUUCAAAGAUGAUUUCACGCCCAAAAAGCGAAAAUACUCUGAUAUUCUCAAAAUGAAUAAAACCCUCGACUACUCUACAACAAAUUUACAAAUUAAUAAAAUCAGUGAAGGAAAAACUACUCUAUCGGAUAUUCCGGAAAUUAUAAAUGGAAAAUCUGAAAAAAUUGAAGUGUCAAAUAAAGAAAAAGAUCGUUUACAAUAUGUUCGGGAAAUUCCAUCUCUCUACGUCGAAUCUCCAGGACUCGAGACCUCGAUCCUCAAUCAAUCAGCCAUGAAUGACAGUCUGACUGAAUCAAGUGGCAGUGCUGAUGAAAAUCUUCUCAAAUCAAUUGUGAAUUGUAAAUUAAACGAACGACUACGUUGUUCCUCAAAGGAUCUUGAUUUUUUGAUAGUUGGCGAUGAAAUUCCCAAAUUGUAUCACCUCAGACGCUCCUUGUCGCAAGGUGAUAAAACUUCGCCGAAAAAAUUUCGCCAACAAAGAUGUCACUCGAUUAUGGAAGGGCUCAAAGUUGGCGAGAAGAAUGAGAAUACGAGUUCCAACUCCGCUGUGCCCUCAAUCAUUUUUGAUGACAGUAUUAACAAAGCUUUCCUUGAUAGUUCAGUUCACUAUACUUCUCCAUUCUCAGAUCUGUCAAACAUUUCGUCCAUCACAAGAAUUACUCCCGCUUCUUCCGCAUUCAAUUCUUCCAGUUCCUCAUCCAUGUUUUCCAACCGUACUGCCAAUUGUGCUUUUAUCGAUAGCUAUCCCAGUUCUAGAAGUUUAGGUGAAGAAAGUUCAAAAGAGAGAGACUUGGAUCAGUUGAUACUUGAGUACUCGAAACUGAAGACAUGGUCUUCGGGAUCAAGCAUGAUUGAGACUUCCUCAUUGACAAACAGUAUUACCGGUGGGUCAAAAAACACGGAUAGAAAAUCUGUUCAUACUGAAGCCAAAUUAAUUGAUGUUCCUGUUUUUAUACCAUCGUCUAAAGAAAGCUCUAAUAGCUCCCAGAAAGAAUCUUCAUCGGGCACAUCAACGGACUCUGUUUUCGCUGAUAGCGAUACGAUCGAAAAGUCGAUAUUCAGCGAAGCAAAAACUUUGGCUAAAACUUUUGAAGAACUAGCAAGCAAAACGGAAUCAACCGUAAGCAGUGAUGAUUUAGUGAAUAGUCGGCCAGAUUGGAACUUCGAUAUGUUGCCUCCAUCUGACGAGGAUUUGCAGGUGGACGAUUUGAUAGAACUGAAAAAAUCGCCUGGUAAAAGCGAAAUUGAGAAACUGGAAGAUAGAGGAAAGCAGGAAAAAUCAGGAUCCAGUUCGGAGUCAAAGUCGGAGGAUAAAGAUAUGCUCAAAGAUUUGGACACGAAUUUCCGCGAUCCAGAUAACAAAAUAAUCGCUUCGAGUCUUUUAUUGGAUUUGGAGAAAUUAGUGAAAUCCGAGUCGAAUUCGGAAGCGGCGAAACUCUUGAAGAGUUUGGAAAAAGCAUUGGGCGUUAAGUGCGAGAGUAACGUCGAUCUAUUGGCUACUUGUCUCGGCUCUGAGAGAAAUAAUUUGGAAAAGAGUCCAAAAAAAUGGGAGAACGUCGGUGGAACCGAAAAUAUCAAAGAUGAAAAUAUCGAGAAGAGUCGAGAGGAAAAUAACGAGAUUGAAACGAGCGAAAGCUUCAAGCAAUUGAGUUUGUCCGAGAACAACAAUUUGAACUUCGAUAAAGCUAUAAAUAAAAGUGAUAAAUCGCCUAUACUGAUCAGUGAUAAUCACGACAGUUUUUCCGAGGAACGAGAAGAGCAAAGUGUCCCUGAAAACACGUCCGGUAAUUCGAUCGAAGCGAUUAAACAACAGAAUCAAAUAACAGACGAUCAAAAGAUGGCUGUGGAGAUACUCGUUGGACUUGGCAAACUUUUGACCGGUCAAAACAAAGAUCCUCAAACAAUGAACUUGUUGAAAAAUUUAGGUACCGCCCUUAACCUUGCUUCGUCUCAUAACUCUGACCUCGAUGUUCGAGAACAAUCAACCAAUAACGAAAACAAACGUGUUACAACCCCCGUUAAAAAUCGCAUCGGGACUCCACCUCGGAAAUCUACGCCUAAUUCCGUGUUUUCAAGAUCCGUCAAUCGUAGAAGUUUCGACUCGAACUCAAAGGAGAAAACGAUGGGCGAGCGAACGAUGAGACGAAGUAUCUCCGUAACUCAAACACCAACGAGUACAACACCGAAUAUUCCACGACUUGCAAACGCGCCGUUGACCGCUGACAAAUCAAAGGCUCAUCUGAAGGAUGCAAGGAAACGCUUCCCGAGUGAUCCGAGUCCGAACGUCUCUUCAAUAAAUACUCGGAAAUUGGUCAAAGAUGCACCGCUGAAGUCUGUAGCAAUUUCGGAAUUGGCGAGACAGGACAAGCCAUCGUCGACGGUGGUUGCUAAAGUGAAAAACAGAUUCAGAAAGAAACCAGACUCCGAAGUAGCGAGCAAAAAAGGUCCGAUGAAGGCGAUUAUCCCAUUUGGAAAUAUGCAGCGUCGAGGAUCGUUGGCGAAACGGGAGUCACCGACAGCUGGAUCGACCACUCCGCCAAAGCCCGUUCGCGAAACUUCGUCGAAUUUCGGCGUGACAACCAGCACACCAUUCGCCAUUCCACACUUCACGUUGCCCGCUAAAAAAUCGCCAAAAUCGAAACCCAUGGCUGCUUCGACGCCGGACGAUGUUGCAUCGAAACAUCUGCGUCGCUCGACUUCUCAGAUACCCCAGAGUCCGGGGAAAAACCAACUUUUUUGCAACAUCUCGCCCGUCACCCCGAAAACGAGUCCGACCGGCGAAGACAAUGCCGCUCACAACAAUUCAUCGGGUUCGAGAGCAUGCAGGAUAGGAACGCCCUCGAAAUCUCGACAGAGCUCGCAGCUCCCCAGGUUGUCGCCCAUGCUCGGAGCGAAAGCAACGUCGCCGAAAUCGAAUCGUGGGCAGAGACGUUCCGAGCCACUUCAAUCGUUUUUGCCCAAAGGCUUGACCACGCCGAAAUCGCCACGUGCGGGACACGCGGGUGAUGGUGCAACGAGUCCUCUCAAUACCAGCAACAAAUCAGGAUCCGCAGUGAAACCGUUCAACUUGAUAUCGAAGCUCAGCCGGCGCAGAGGAAGCGUAGCUGAGAAAGAAAACUACGCGCAAUGAAAAGUCCUUGGAGAGGUCUUCGUAACCGCUUAAAAUUCCUUCACUUUUUUGGUAUUGCGACGACAAGUUUUUAUACGAACAAUUGUUUUAAAUGAAUUAUAUAAAUAACCGAAAAUCGCAUUAUAUUAAGGCGCACCAUUCCAUUUGUUUAAAAAUUUUUGUACUUAAGCAUGAACGAGUGUCUGUUGGAGUGCGUGUAAAAUAAUCGAUCGCAGUCCUCAUUUCCAACCCUGUUGAUUGAACACAAAUCGAAACUUCACGAUUCCAUUUUGUACGUUUUCGUAAUAAAAUAUUUUUUGCUAUCAA